AUGGUGCCGCAGCGACCCUCAGUCGGGGAUAGCUUUAUAGCCUUGGGCCCUCGACUUCGGUCGUGGAACGAGCAUCUCUGCCCACAUCCACCAACACUGCAACGCGCACGAUUCACCAAGAUGGCUUCCACCAAACCCUUCAUCCGAGUCCGCAAAGCCGAACUGGCCGAUACUGAUGCCAUUGUCCGAAUCCACUACGAAGCCUUUGACGAUGAUGUUAUGAACCAGCUCAUGUAUCCGGGUGGUGCCACAGAAGCCUCGCGGAAAAGGUUCGGGGAGCGGGUUUUUCCCAGACCCCAAUCUGAUGAAGAGCUAGCGAAGAAUGGAGAGACUAUCCUGAACGUUGCUGAAUACUUUCCCGAGGGCCCUGAUGGGCCUGGUGAAGUGGUUGCUUUCUCCAAGUGGGUUCUUCACCGAAACCCUCGGACGGAAGAACAGUGGAAGUCGGAGGACUAUGUGCCCACUGUCGAGAACUUUGGCGAGGGCGCUGAUCUUUCCGUGAUCAAUGCUUUUAUUGGAGAGUUGAACAGGAAGCAGAGGGACCACGCGAAGGGCGAAGCAGCUUUGUUCCUCGGUAUCCUUGCUUGCAGCCCGGACCGACAGCGACUGGGCGCCGGAUCGGCUCUUGUGAAGUGGGGAACCGAUCUUGCCGACAGCCUUAGGCUUCCCACCAGGCUCGAGUCUUCUCCUGUUGGAUAUGCCGUUUACCGGAAGUUUGGGUUCGAGGAUGUGGACGUGUUGGACAUGAAGGUCAAGGAAACAUGGGGCGUCACCAAAGAAGAGGGUCGGUACUGGGGGGAGAACAACGCUGUAGCACUUGCCGGGCCAGUACCCGAGGGUGUGAUGCGGUCUGUUAUCAUGAGGCGGCCUGUCAAGCGUAGAGGUAGUGCUGCAUGA